CCACAUCCCAAUCAAAGUCCUCAAACCCUUUCUACAUUCACUACUUUCAGGUUGAAUUUAGGGGAUCGAUCGAGGCAAUCACCAAAAAAAAGCAAUGACGGCCAAGACACGAACUCUGUUGAUUGCCUUCGUAUGGCUUCUGGCGGUGGUCUCCAUUAAUGUCAUGUCUGCCGCCGCCGGCGGUCGCCCAUCAGCCAUCUCCGGCGGUAGCUCGAAGACCAACGAUGUUCAUGUUCAACAUUGGUGGGGUUUUCACCAUCAUCAUGAUGAUGACCAUCACUACCACCACGGUGAUGACCACCACCACCACCAUGACUGAAAUCAUCGCAAGCUGUAUCGAUCGAGCUAGCAGGGUGUGGCGCGCUAUCUAUCUAUCUAUCUAUCUAUCUAUCUAUCUAUUAUAUAUUUUUAUUUAUGUCAUGAAACAAGAAAAAUGGACGAGAGAGAUGUAUACCAGUGUUGAUUACGCGCACACAAUGUUGUUAUCUUAAUUGAAGAUUUUACAUAUCCGUGUUAUUUCAUGUUAUUUUAUGUAUGAGCUUUUCUAUACUAAUUAUGAAAUUAUCGACUACUGAAUGUUGAUUUUAUGUGUCCAAUAUUUCAUUGGGACUGUCGGAUUAGGGAUAAAGUAUAUAUACCGGUCAUUCAUGAGAAUAAAAAUGAUUCUCUGAUUUCAAAGAAAGCUACUCAAACAAUUCUUCAUAUAUAUACUGAACUAGAUCUUAUGUGCCACGCUCUGCUGUGGCAAUUGAGUAAGUGCGUGAUUAUUACUAAUCCAACAAUCUAGCUAUAAGACCCACAAUUACGGAGGAAUAUCUUUCUCAUAAUAUUUAUUGUUAUCACUUUGGAAAAUUAGCAAUAAUUUUUCUCUGGUCUUUUGGAAAUCUCUUUAAUGUAGUGUGGCAAGGUAAUGAUAGUUAAACAAAUUUGAGACGUAAAGAGAUUAUUUUUCCAAACGAAUCAUUUAUAACCAGGCGACCCUUUGAAGGACGGUACAAAAUCAAAGAACGUCGAUAAGUUGAGAGAGAGCUCAUAGACCUCACUGUAGACGAUCCUUAAUUGAAAAUGUGCGCUCAAGAUAGCAGAACCUUAAUUUCCUUCAAAUAGUAGGUUCUGCUGGUGGCAGAAUUCGAGGAAGGCUUUCAUCUUUGCUAUCUCUCAUACCACUUCGAAAAUGAAGAAACUAAUGCAAUGAAGGCGAAGACACAGGUGACUCCGUGUGAGACAAUUUUUCCUUCUUGAACUCCUCACAGUGGAUCAUCGAUUCAAAUUCGGAGAUCUGCUAUAAAAUUGGGCAUUGCCAAAGCUCAAUUCCCUUGGGAUUGAAGACUUUGAACUUCAUGGUCAACUCCUCCAUACCAGAAUUUUCCAUUCGAAUUCUCUUGAUUAUGCUUAUCUAGAAAAUGUUAGAGUUUUUUUUAUUUUAGGGAAUUGAAAGUGUUGGAGUUUCUCAAACGGGAUUUGAGAAAUCAAAGACAAUGGUCGAGAAGACAUGUGAGGCAAAUUUGAGCAUUUAAGCUUACUGCAAGGAUUCCGACUACGAUUACUCGGAGUAUGGAAAAGGUUAUACGUGCUUGUGCAUGCCCGAAUUUGACGACCGAGGACAAUGAGGAACAUGAUGAGGAGAAGAGGUGGAAAAAAUAAUUUUUUUUAUUGACAUGUAAAAUAUGAAAUAAAUCGAUAAAUCGAGUUAUCAUACAGCCAUCAACCAUAAUUAAAUCCCACACAUACGAAAACUAAAUUGGUUGUGAAGUUACUCUAAGGUGGAAUAUGUUGGAGAAUAUAACCAAAGGCCUUUCACUUAUGUUAAUAAUUAUUAGCAAAAUUAUUGAAUUAUUAAUAAUUAGUUAAAUCUUUUGUAAUGCAUCUAAAUAUUAGCAACCAUUCAUUCUGUUGUUGAUAAUAAUUUUUUUAUAAAAGUUAUCGAUAAUAAUUUUAUAAUUGUUUUCUUAGUUAAAAUACUAAAGUGUUGGAAUGUUG